AUGGCUGAUAGUGGGGAUCGAAUGUUCUGUCAUGCCUGUGAGGGCGUUUGGCUUCGCAACGAAAGUGGACUGACCUGCCCUCACUGUCAAUCAGAUUUUACGGAGAUUGUCGAAAUCCCCCCAGAAAGUCCAGAAGAGACCUCCCAUGCCGGCCUCUCAACCCCGCCACACCGAGAAAGAUCGCGCUCCCCGAUUAACCCCUGGGCAAAUCACGAUCCCUGGGCAAACGAGGACGAUUAUUUGGAUGAUCCCCAUGGAUUCGGCUCCGGUCUCGGAAAUGGAUAUUCACACCGUACAUACCGGUCCCCGGAUGGCCGGUUUACAUUCACCAGCACCAUGUUUGGUGGCCAAAGCUUUCCCCCCAGACGACCACCUGGGUUCGAAAGAGAAAUGCCAGGGGAUCCUUUGAUGCCGAUGAUGCGCAGUCUGGAAACGAUAUUCAACGGCCUGGCAGAAACACGGCGUAAUCAGGAUCGAACAGAAACACCUCGGCAGGAUAGCACUGAGCCUGAUGAGCGUCCCAGAGAUAUGCCGCCCGAAUUUGGUGCAACGGGGAGGCUGUUUCCUCGAGAUACAAAUGGUCCGCAGAAUAUGGCGCCACCUUUAAGCACUUUAGGAGAUAUCCUUGAUCUCCUCCGACCAGACCCUGCGAUGAAUGCACCUGGAGGGGGAGGUGCCCCUCGCGUCAUGACUGGCCCGAAUCCGAUGGCGAUGUUGUCAACACUAUUGAAUCUCACUCGACACGGAGAUGCGGUAUAUUCGCAGGAAGAAUUAGACCGGGUAGUAUCUCAGCUGGUUGAUCAGACCUCGAGUGGCACCGCCCCCCCGCCAGCCUCCCAGAAUGCUAUUCGGUCGCUGCCGAAGAAAAAGAUUGACCAAGAGAUGUUGGGUACUGAAGGCAAAGCGGAAUGUUCAAUUUGUAUGGACCCUGUGGAUUUGGGCACCGAGGUCACAGAGCUGCCUUGCAAACACUGGUUUCACUUUGGCUGCAUUGAAAUGUGGUUGCAUCAGCAUAACACAUGUCCUCAAUGCCGCCGCAGCAUCAACACUCCAGCUCAACAGGAAGGAAGCAGUGAGAAUCCCGUGGUUAUUACUGAUAGUCCUGAGCCUCCUUCUCCCAAUCGCCGUUCAUCCGGCACAGUACCUGAGCACAGUGGCCGCUCACCAUUGUUCGGACAACGCCAGUACACUAACGAGUCCGAAUCCAAUGAAUCAGAUCGCAGACGAUCUAACCGGAGUGAAAGUAACGGUGGGGGCUUGACCGGGUGGGUGAGAAGCCGGUUUGGAGGAGGAGUUUAA